UCAUCAUACUGCACUGUUGGGAGCUAUUUCAAAUGAUUUUUAAAGAGUGCUCAAAGAGGUCGAUAUACACUGAUUUGAAAUAAAAGGUACAUUGAUAUUAAACACAGAUAAACAUAAAGCAUUGACAUAGAAGAGAUAUGGCAAAAAUAACACAUUAAAGUUUUUUUACAAAAGGACCGUUAAAUUGCUGAAAUAUUUUGGGAAACCCAAAAUUGGAUUUUCAAAGGUUGUAGGUUGUAUCUAAAAUGAUUGAAAAGGUUCAAAAGUAUUACCGAUACAAAAGGAAUUGACGGAGAUGAGAACCCACGUGUAGUCUUGAAGAAAACGUUUCGACCUAAAUACGGCCUUAUGGUGUCUAACAUACGUAUAUAUUUAAAAUAUGGUAUAAAUCGUGAACUUUUGGAGCCCCAUUUACGUGAUGUAUAAAUUGAUCACUGGCGUCUCCAAUAUACAGUCAGACAACAAUGAAACUCCGUAUUGAAUAGAAUAUUUGAUACAUUUAUGCAUGACCUUUUCAGUGACCCCUGGAAUCUUAUCAAAAGGACUGUGUUGAAAUAAUAAAAUGUCAACUUUGGAACGAUAUAAUGGAUUCAGUUGCAUAAUUAUUGGACGAAUACACAUGGCUAUAGGCCACCUGGUAAUACAAUCCAGACUAUAUAGAUAUAUAGGGCUAUUUACAUAUGUAGCAGACACCAAGCGGAGUACACAGGCAUCUGCAGAGUAAACUAGAGAAACAAUACAAUUUAUAGGACCAACAAAGAACAUUUUUCGAAUUUUGUCAAUGUAGUCUGCCAUCUAAAAGUUGAGUAGUCAUCUAAGUUUGAGCAGCCAUCGACAGCCCAUCUAUAAGUUGUUACUAAACCAUAUGCGGCGAUUCCAAGACUCAGAAACGCACGCUGGAAGCUGAUUAUGAGAGAAGGCUAGAAUUAAUGAGACAAUACCCGAUGCAUUGUAUUUUGGUAACUACAUGAUAUGGUGAUCGAGUGUCUGAUUGUACGUAUGACUGGCGAUUGAAGCACCCCGAUGACCGCUUAUAAAGCAGAUACAGUCAGAAUACAGUGACUUAAAAAGACUAUCAGAUUCAGUAGCCUUAAUUGCGACGCGCUGACCAAUUUAGAAGAUGGCGAGACAUAACAUUGUCAUAUCCCUGUUGACAACGUUCGUGUUUUUUGUGCAACAUAUCAAAAAAGGAUCAUUUCAAGAUUUCGUCAACAACGAUUGCUCAUACAAAUCCAAAUUCAGUAUGACUAUUUUUGCUCUUGAAAACAUUUACGACUGCAGUGAACGAUCUCUCAUCAGUGUCCCCGAUCUGAGUCAUGUGAACAAUAACGUUAGCGUCAUUGAUUUGUCGAAAAACGCAAUAACUCGUAUCCCAACUGAUGUGUUCAAUGGGAUCCCAGAUUCAGUUACAAAAUUAGUCAUAUCGAAUAAUCCCCAAUUAAAAACAAUUGGCGAUUAUGCAUUUAGGGGAACGAAAAUAACUAGUUUGGUACUGUCAAACAACGAAGCUCUGUCAACGAUUGGUCGAAAUUCCCUGCAGGGAUUGCCAAAUCUCAAAAACGUUGACUUAUCAUCUAGUGGUAUUCAAUUAAUAGCGCAUGGGGCGUUCGAUAAUCUUACUCUGGAUAGCAUUAAUUUAAAGGACAACAGGCUUGUCACAAUUGGAUCGAUGACUUUCCCGAGAUCACCAAAAUCGUUAGUUCUUAUGUUGAAUGAUAUUGAAAACAUCGAGGCGGGUGCUUUUGGACCAGGGAUCGAACACAUCGUACUAAGUGAAAAUCCCAUAAAGAAUUUGAACCCCGAUGCGUUCAAUGAAGCAGUGGAUAUAAGAAAACUCGAUCUAGAUAACUGUGACUUUGAUGGAGCAAUACCAGCACACAUGUUUGACAAAUUAUCUCAGCUUAAAUCGUUAGAUCUGAAAAAUUCGAACUUGAGGAGAGUUUCAAAUGGAACGUUUACUCCUUACAUUGAGGUCUUGGACAUCAGCACGAAUGACCUUAACGAUGACGAGUUUGGGCACUCGCUUUCAGCUUUCACAGAUUUGUCUAGUGUAAGGGAACUGACGCUUAACCAUUGCAAUUUGACCGAAUCAUGGUUUGGGGUGACACCAUAUCUCAAGAACUUACACACAUUAAGGUUACAAGGGAACAGAAUUGCAGAAAUCCAACCAGGUACAUUCAGCACAAAUAAACAACUAGAGGUUAUCAUUCUCUCAGAAAACAAUGGUAUUGAGUUGCACGAGGGUGCUUUCAAUGGUGUCGAAAGCUCGCUAUUAAUACUUGACAUUAGCUCCUGUAAUAUGAACGAAUUCCCAAUUGAAGCUUUGAAGACACUCAGGGGCAUGUCUGGGCUUAACCUGGGAGGUAACAACAUUGUGGGGCUACCUCAGAAGGCAUUCUCCAGGAUGUCGAUCAAGGGUAAAUUGACAUUGGAUAUAUCGUAUAAUGGUCUCGUUUCUGUCCAUCCACUCGCUCUGAAGAACAUGGCGUUUCCAGUAAAACUAGUGAUGAGCCAUAACAACGUUAGUGAUUUGACAUUCGCAACGUCUUUAUUGGAUUCUCCUUGUACCACUGAAGGGUCGUGGAUCUAUGCGGCUUGGAAUCCAAUCAACUGUAAUUGUAAACUUCAUGAUCUUUUACAUUAUACGAACAUCAGAUUUUCAGGAAAAUGUGCAUCUCCCGUGAAUAUCUCUGACACCGACUUGAGACGAUAUCCCGGGGAAACGAGAGAGUACAAAUACGAUUAUAAGUUUUUUGAGAAAGAAGGUACAAACUUUUGUGGAAAAAACACACUGAAACGAUACAAUUGUGAUUGUUCUAAGGUAUUAGAAAACUCAACUGACGUCGGCUAUACAGAAAUCCAAUCACCCAAGUGCCUGAACCACAGAACAUUUAUGUCCGGAACAUCGACUGUCUCUCCGUCUCUGAUUAUGUCGACGAUGAUUUUAAUUAAUAUGAUAACGCGCAACUUAAUUUAGAUAGGUGUUGUGGCUUGUAUUAUAAUGGUGAUUGUAUUUGAUUAAUACCAUUACCCUAUUAAUCAUACCAUGCACAAUUUACAAUCAUAUUUUCACUACAUUUUUUAUAAGUCAGAUGUAAUACGUUAACUAUAGAAAAUAAAUAUAUUCUCUGCACUUAAAGGAGUAGUAUGACCUUAUAGAUCCACUGUGCUUGAGAAGUACUCGUAUGGCGUAUGCCAAAAUAGAUUUAAAAUGAUAACUGUAAAAUAUAACACCACACAAUAUAUAAUGUUGGAC